AUGGCACCUGAUGACAAAGAACUCUCUACGGAUCUGAAAAAAAGAAUUGUUGCUCUACAAAAAGAUGGCCUUGGCUAUAAGAAGAUUGCCAAGACCCUAAAACUGAGCUGCAGCACGGUCCGCAAAACCAUACAGCGGUUUUACAGGACAGGUUCCACUAAGAACAGGACUCGCCAUGGUCGACCAAAGAAGUUGAGUGCAGGUCCUCAGCAUCAUAUCCAGAGGUUGUCUUUGGGAAAUAGAUGUAUGAGUGCUGCCAGCAUUGCUGCAGAGGUUGAAGGGGUGGGGGGUCAGCCUGUCAGUGCUCAGACCCUACGCCACCACUGCAUUAAAUUAGUGUGCAUGGCUGUUGUCCUAGAAGGAAGCCUCUUCUAA